CCUCUCCACGUCAGGCCAAUGACACUGCUGCCCCCAAACUUUCCGCCAGCAGGAGCUAUAAGAACCUCCAAGUCUUCAACUUUCUCCCAAUCCCAGACACCUCGAAGGGGCUCCAAGGAGGGAUCGGGAGGGAUUCUUUUUUAUUAUUAUUAUUUUUUUGCUGGGCUUUUUUUUUUUUUCCUCCUCUUGGAUCCUGAUGCCAUCCCCCCUCCCCCCAAAGUGAGGUCCUGCCUCCCUCCCUCCCUCCUCCUCCUUCUCCUCGCAGGCCAGCGAAGCAGCCGCUCAAGGGGGAGCUGGCGGGUUAGGUGCCCCCCUCUUCUCCCUGCCCUCCCCCCCCUCCCGGCCCGCUUCUCGCGUCUCCCCCCAGAGAUGAUGCAGCAGGACGAGUCAAACUCUCCAGUCUCCCCCGCCGACGACAGCUUGAGCAACAGCGAAGAGGAGCCGGACCGGCAGCAGCUGCCCAACGGCAAGAGGGGUGGCCGCAAGCGCCGCUCCAGCCGGCGCAGCGCCGGGGGCGCCGUCGGGGCCGCGGACGAGCCCUGCAGCCCGGCGCAAGGCAAGCGGGGCAAGAAGUGCGGGGCGGGCGCGGGAGGCGGCGGCGGAGGCGGCAGCAGCAGCGGCGGCGGCAGCCCGCAGUCCUACGAGGAGCUGCAGACUCAGAGGGUCAUGGCCAACGUGCGGGAGCGGCAGCGCACGCAGUCCCUGAACGAAGCUUUCGCCGCGCUGAGGAAGAUCAUCCCCACGUUGCCCUCCGACAAGCUGAGCAAGAUCCAGACCCUCAAGCUGGCGGCCCGGUACAUCGACUUCCUCUACCAGGUCUUACAGAGCGACGAGCUGGACUCCAAGAUGGCAAGCUGCAGCUAUGUGGCCCACGAGCGGCUCAGCUACGCCUUCUCGGUGUGGAGAAUGGAGGGCGCCUGGUCCAUGUCCGCAUCCCACUAGCAGGCGGCGUUCCCCUCCACGCAUCCCCCCGGCAGGAGCCCUAGGGCGCGGCGAGACCCCGGUGUAAAAGAGAGGAAAUCUACAGACCUGAGGGCUAAGGAGGAUGGUGAAAAAGGGAAGAUGCUCAAACAGCAACAAAAAAUACCAAGAGAAAACCACCCCCAGCCCUUAACACCCGCAGCUGAUUCCUCAUCUGCUGUCCCUCGUUCAUUUCCCGGCUCCCCAAUCCCCCUUUAUGCCCCUCCGAGGAGGCUGCGCUGGUGUGCAGUGCCGCCCGGGAGUAGCGCAGAGCCCCCUGCGGAGCUGGGGUCGGGCAGCCGGGACUCAGCCGGUGUCCAGGGCAAGGAGAUGGGGUGUUUGUUCAAAGCAGAGCCUGUUUGCAUAGCCCAGGUUCAGUUGACUUUUUUUGCCUGAAUGUUUUUGUUUCCAUAUCCCCAUAUUACCUUCUGUUGCUGACAUAACAGUCUUAUGAAUUUAAUAUCGUGCAUAUUUUAGGCCAGUGAGCAAUGUUUACAGUAGAGAGCCCGCAGCGCUUGUUUGUAUUGCCGAAUUAGCGAGGACGUGGAAAUUGAAUGGGGACCGAGGUGGUCGCAGCCCCGCUGUGAGAUCCCGGGGGGCAUUGCCUCCCCCCGCGGCCCCUCAGCUCCCCUCUCCUUUGUACCUCGCCGGAUCCCUCGUCCCGCUGCGGGCCUCCGCCGGGAGGUAACGGGCGACUGCGAGAGUGGAGGGGCAGCGGGGCUGGGGGACGUGAGCAGGGGGGUGAGGGUGGUCAGCGUUCUUUACGGGACAGAAUCACAAAGGAGGGAAAGAGCUCCUUUAGGAAGAGCGUCUCGUUUAGGGUUAAGCAGGUAGGGAAAUACAACGGGGAGAAGGGAUGCUCGUUGCGUUUUGCGCGUGGAGUUACCUGAGGGAUAUAGACGAGGAUCCCGACGCGUUUACAAAGCCGUGAGCCACGCUCUGCUAACCCUGAGAAACGGGCCGAGCUAUCCGGAGCAGCUCCGCUUGGUGAACUCCAACCGGACUGACCCCAUCGCAAAGAGCGCUCAGCGGGUGAGAAAAUCCCCCACUGCUGCCCGCAGGACCCACGCGGCACUGGGGACCUCCGCCUCACCGCGGGCUCCUGCCGCUCUCUCCCUGCUGCCGAACGCCACCUCCGCUUCACUAAAAGGAGAUAAUCCCGUUCGACAAACACAAAUGCGACCUUUCCUGAUUUGGAGCUGGGGAUUGCCUAGGCCCGGCGCUCCUAGAGCUUGAGCCAAAAGUGAUUAAAUGGGAGUCAGACUUACUCAAAGGGGGAAAAAAUAUAUGGAUGGAUAUUAAAUCGUCUUCUGG